CUUCCUGGGCGGCAUGAUAAGAUGUAGAGUUAGCUAAAUCUACAGUAAAAGGUGCACCCAGGGUUGAAUUCGUUUUCUGAGUCCUCCCUCGCGAUUUUUAUAGUAAAUUAGCAAAUCGGAACGAGUAAGUAUUUUGUACUACGGAAUGAAAGAAUCAUAUUUUGCAGCUUUCUGUGACGGCUAACGGUACAUUCGCCAUUUUUUAGGGAAGCUAAGCGUGUAGCCAGGGACGAAACAAUAACUGAUGGUGAACUGUGCAACUCGAAUACAAUGCCACUUGCUAUUCUAACAGUAAAUAAAACAGUAAAAUGAAACAUGUAACAUUUUCUCUGUUAUGCCGAAUAAAUAUGUAGAAUUGACAGCGUUUGACGGAAUAUUUGCUAUUGAAGCUAACUGGCUGCCCACUGAAUCUCAUUGAACAUUUUAGCUAGCAUGCUAAAAACUAGCAACCAAUGUAAGUUGGAUUUUAAUAUUAUUUUGUGGUGAAAGUGUAAAAUGAGAAAGUGUAAUGCAAGACAGCCUAUUGUUCAGUAGCGUUUGUUUAAAUGGUCUUUAUUUAGAAAUGCAUAUAUGCAUUUGGAUCAUUGAAAAAAUCGCUAGAUUUUUCUAAAAGGGGUGGAUUGUUUGGUUUGUUUAUCAAGAUGGCGGCACCCAGACAAGAGAGGCAUGAAAAUCCACAUAUCAACACUUAACACACAAUCCUACAAAAUCUACCACUCUAACAGCAUUUUAUUUUGAUGCAUACUUGAAAUAUUAUUUAUACGCCAUAUAAGCAAAGCCACAUUUAACUUUGCCGUUUAUAAUUACGUUGUGAUAUUUCAUUGUAGCCACUUAAGCGAAAUGUGAUAUUUUGUUUGGUUCACCGCCCAUUUUUAUUCGUUAGCUUGUGUGUUAGCAUAGCCGCUUAGCUGCUAACUACUGGGCGCUUGUGCUGCAGCUAGCCUCGACAAGAUGGCGGCAUUUGCUUCUUCGUUGUGCUACUCAUUUUCUCAGAUAAACAUUUAAACCAGUGCCACAAAUUUCUUCCAAAAAUGCACGGAAGGCCAGCUGCAUGUGACGUUAAGGAUUUGGGAUUGUUUUUCUUUAUUACUCCCCGAAUGAGCAUUUGUUGAACUGCCGGUAUUUGUCUGUUAUUCGCUCGUGACCGAUAAGCUUCUCUUGCCGCUAAAAUGGCGGUUCGCGCAUAUUUGAGCUAACGUUAACCGGCUAACACCAAUUACGCUCGCGUUUUCGUUAUAUUUUCUACAUUUGUGGUGUAAACAAAUACAACAUUUAGGGUUUAACGAACAUUUAAAGUACGACGGCUACCGUUUUGGGGGGAAACUGUGGUUAUUCGCCGCAUUUCAGUGACCUAUUUAGCUCGCGAAGCUACGUAGCGCGCUAAUCCUGUUAGCGCUAAACAAUAGCUUUUGACACACGAAUGCUGUUUCCAUCCACACGAAAACCAGGGCUGUACGUGGGAUUUGUGUCUCGCUAGAGAAGUGGAAAUGGCUUCUUCAGGCACCACGGUUCUGCAGCCGCGCUGGAAGAGAGUUUUGGGCUGGUCCGGCCCGGUUCCGCGCCCGAGACACGGACACCGAGCUGUGGCCAUUAAAGAGCUGAUGGUGGUGUUCGGCGGAGGGAAUGAAGGGAUUGUGGAUGAGCUGCACGUUUAUAACACAGCCACCAAUCAGUGGUUUAUUCCUGCUGUCCGCGGUGACAUUCCUCCUGGCUGUGCUGCCUAUGGGUUUGUGUGUGAUGGCACCCGACUUCUUGCCUUCGGGGGUAUGGUCGAGUAUGGAAAGUACAGCAAUGACCUUUAUGAACUACAGGCCAGUCGAUGGGAGUGGAAACGGUUGAAACCAAAAGCCCCUAAAAAUGGACCACCGCCUUGUCCCCGUCUGGGUCACAGUUUUUCUCUCGUUGGAAACAAAUGCUAUUUGUUUGGCGGGCUUGCUAAUGACAGUGAAGAUCCCAAAAACAAUAUUCCAAGAUACUUAAAUGACCUGUACACACUGGAGCUUCGUCCGGGAUCAAGCGCAGGAGGCUGGGACAUCCCUAUUACAUACGGCGUUCUGCCGCCACCUCGUGAGAGCCACACUGCCGUUGUUUACACAGAGAAAACGUCCAAAAAGUCUCGUCUCAUCAUCUACGGUGGUAUGAGUGGGUGCCGCCUUGGAGACCUCUGGACUUUAGACAUAGAUACUUUGACCUGGAACAAACCCGCUAUAAGUGGCACAGCACCUCUGCCCCGCAGUCUGCACUCCGCCACCACUAUAACCAACAAGAUGUUUGUAUUUGGUGGAUGGGUCCCUCUGGUAAUGGAUGAUGUCAAAGUGGCAACUCAUGAGAAGGAAUGGAAGUGCACUAACACAUUGGCAUGCUUAAAUCUAGAUGCAAUGACUUGGGAAACUAUCUUGAUGGACACACUAGAGGAUAAUAUCCCAAGGGCCAGAGCUGGACACUGUUCAGUGUCCAUUAACAACAGGCUGUAUGUCUGGAGUGGCAGGGAUGGCUACCGCAAAGCCUGGAACAAUCAAGUUUGCUGCAAGGAUCUUUGGUACCUGGAGACAGAUCGUCCUCAGGCCCCGUCGCGGGUUCAGUUGGUCCGUGCCAACACCAACUCUCUUGAGGUCAGUUGGGGGGCAGUGCCCACUGCUGACACUUACCUGCUACAGCUGCAGAAAUAUGACAUCCCUGCUGCUACGGCUGCCACAUCUCCGACUGCCACCCACACCCCUUCUCUACCCGUAAACUCGCCCAAGAGCCCAGUUCCGGCUGCUGCCGCACCUGCCGGUCAGAGCAUGCCCCUGUCUGGGGUCACACUGUUACAACAAGUUCCUUCACCCACCACCUCCAUGCCAAGCAGUCCGUUGGCAGCCUCACCCCGUGGACCAGCUAUUCUUAAAGUGGCAGCACCUCAUUCAGCAGCUGGGGCUUCAGUUGUUACGGUGCACCAGACAACCCCAGGGGGCAAAUCUCCAGUCACAGUUACAUCACUUCCUGCGGGAGUCCGCAUGGUUGUCCCUGCGCAGAGCACCCAGGGAACUCCAAUCGGCAGCAACCCUCAGAUGAGCGGCAUGGCUGCUUUGGCUGCAGCUGCAGCUGCAACACAGAAGAUCCCGCCCUCUUCCACAACUAUGCUAAAUGUUCCAGCUGGAACAACCAUCAUGAAAACUGUUGCUAUGACCCCGGGAUCCACAACUUUACCGUCUUCGGUCAAAGUAGCUUCACCUGUAAUGGUUACUAACCCUGCUACCAGAAUGCUGAAAACGGCAGCAGCACAGGUCGGCACUUCAGCCAUCACUACUCCAAACACCCCAACGCGCCCCAUCAUCACUGUGCACAAAUCAGGCACGGUGACUGUGGCUCAGCAGGCUCAGGUCGUCACCACAAUGGUUGGCGGUGUCACCAAAACUAUAACUCUUGUUAAGAGCCCCAUCACUAUGGGUAGCGGUGGCACGCUGCUCUCCAGCCUUGGAAAAAUGAUGUCUGUCGUUCAUACAAAACCUGUGCAAACCUCUGCUGUGAGUGGGCAGGCUGGAAACAGUCCCGUCACGCUAAUACAGACAAAGACUCCUCUGCCUGCCGGUACCAUCCUGAAGCUGGUGACUUCCGCAGAUGGCAAGCCCACUACCAUCAUUACAACAUCCCAGGCAGGAGGAACCGGAACGAAGCCCACUAUACUGGGCAUCAGCAGUGUCUCUCCAACCACCACCAAACCCGGAACAACCUAUAUUAAAACCAUUCCCAUGUCUGCCAUUCAACAAGGAGCUACAGGUUUGACCAGCAGUGCUGGCAUCAAAUCCCCCUACACAAUUAUCACCACAAAAGUGGGCACUCCUGGCACACCUGGCAAAUACAUAACCUCUAUGCCUAAGCUGACAGGCGCUGGACAACAUGGAGUCACGCAGGUGGUCUUGAAGGGGGCACCGGGUCAGCCAGGCACCAUCCUGCGCACAGUUCCUAUGGGUGGAGUGCGUCUGGUUUCUCCAGGCACUGUUUCAGCUGGUAAACCCACUGUUACGACACUGGUGGUCAAGGGCACCACAGGUGUCACGACUUUGGGGACAGUGACUGGUACUGUGUCCACCAGUGGGGUUGGGGGCAGUGUGGCAAGCACAAACGCCACCCUGGCAACUCCCGUCACCACCCUUGCCAGCGUUCCUACUUUAUCCAGCCAAGUUAUCAAUCCAGCGGCUAUCACUGUAUCUGCUGCACAGACAAGCCACGCCACCACUACGAUACAAUCUGCUGCACAGGCUACUAAAGUUACUCUGAUCACCACACCAAGUGGUGCUGAGGAUCAGCCCGCACAGGAUCUUCCUGUUUCUAUCCUGGCAUCUCCCACCUCCGAUCAGCCCUCAAACACUGGUGCUGAUGCUGGUGAUGCCGCUGGCGAAGGUGCUGCUACAGUUACUAUCAUCUGCUCCAACCCACCAUGCGAGACCCACGAGACCGGAACGACCAAUACGGCUACAACAGCUUCUGCCAAGAUCUGUUCCAACCCUCCCUGCGAAACGCACGUCACAGGCACCACCAACACAGCCACGACUGCCUCUGCUAACAUGGGCGGAGUGCAGCAGGUGUGCACUAACCCACCCUCAGAGACCCACGACACGGGCACCACCAACACAGCCACAACUGCCAGCUGCAACAUGGGCUCCACAGAGAUGGGCACGGUGAACAGUAAGACAGAUUCUCCUACGGCGGGUACAUCCUCAGCCUCUGAAGGCAGUUCUGCUGCGGAAGGCAGUUCUGCUGCGGAAGGCACUUCUGCUGCGGAAGGCGGUUCUGCUGCGGAAGGCGGUUCUGCUGCGGAAGGCGGUUCUGCUGCGGAAGGCGGUUCUGCUGCGGAAGGCGGUUCUGCUGCGGAAGGCGGUUCUGCUGGGGAAGGCCGUUCUGCUGGGGAAGGCCGUUCUGCUGGGGAAGGCCGUUCUGCUGGGGAAGGCCGUUCUGCUGGGGAAGGAGGUUCUGCUGGGGAAGGCAGUUCUGCAUCUGGCACCAAGCGUCCGGAGAAUCAACGCACGGGCACCACCAACACAGCCACCACUGCCAGCUGCAACAUGGGCUCUACAGAGAUGGGCACGGUGAACAGCAAGACAGAGUCUUCUACGGCAAGUACAUCCUCAGCCUCUGUUUCAGAACCAGCAGGGUCUGCUGGGGAAGGCACAUCUGAAUCUGGCUCCAUGCGUCCUGAGAAUCACCGCACAGGCACCACCAACACCUCCACCACUGCUCGCUCCAACAUGGGCUCUGAUCAGACAGGAACAGUUCAGAGCUCUAGCAAGAGCCAAGCUUCAAUCUCUUCCACGAUGUUGCCUCUCUCUUCUAGCCCCUCUUCAGAGACGCUCCAGACCAGCCCUGCAAACCCAGAUCCCUCUUCUGCUCCAGGAGACGUCAAAAAAGACUGCUCAAAUCCACCUUGUGAGGCACAAGAAACGGGCACAACCAGUACUGCUACACAAUCAACCUCUGCGAUGGGCAAUGUGCAAACCAAUGUGGCGCAGAAGGUGUGCUCUAAUCCACCUUGUGAAACCCAUGAGACGAGCACUACCAACACACUCACCCCAGCCUCAUCUAAUAUCGCCCCUGGUCAGAAUGCCACUGUGGAAAGGGAAUGUUCCAAUCCACCCUGCGAAACCCAUGAGACGGGCACGACCAACACAGCCACCCAGGCCUCAUCUUCUAUUGGUGACGGACAGAAUGCCACUGUGCAAAGGGUAUGUUCCAAUCCACCCUGCGAAACCCAUGAGACGGGCACGACCAACACACCCACCCAGGCCUCAUCUUCUAUUGGUGAUGGUCAGAAUGCCACCGUUCAAAGGGUAUGUUCCAAUCCACCCUGCGAAACCCACGAGACAGGCACUACCAACACGCCAACCCAAGCUUCAUCUAGUAUUAAUCCUGAACAAAAUGCCACUGUGCAAAGGGUGUGCUCCAACCCACCCUGUGAAACCCACGAAACGGGAACUACAAGUACAGCCACCACAGCUACCAGCAGCUUAGAAACUGGAGAUGGAACUGCUCAGCAGGGUGCUGAAGAACAAAUUGACAGUGGAACAAGCUCAGAACCUACGUCCUCUACAGAACCAGCCAAUCCCGCAACACAAAGCAGAGCCAUCACCACAGUGACACAAGCCACGCCCACUCCAGGACCAUCAGUACCGGAGAUCUCAUCCAUGGCUGGUUCUGCAGUAGUGGCUGAGGUUCCAGGAGAGUCAGAGGCUAUGGAGCAGACCAGUGCUGAAGCUGCGGCCUCUGGAGAAGAACCCAUGCAGACAGAGUGCCAGGGAGAACUGGGUGAGGGAGCAGCCGUCAGGGUGGUUGCCAUAGAUGAAGCUGCGGUUGAGGGCACCAUGGUGCAAGUUCAUGUUGCCAUGGAAGCGCAGCAAGGCCAGGGAGGUCAGGCUGAGAUGGAGGCUGGUGUUGAGGGCGCGGAAGCGAUGAGUCUUGCUCCUCAGGACUCAGAAGCCCUUUCUCUACCUCAGGAGCUGAUGUCUGCAGAAGGUCAGCAAACUACACUCAUGGUGACCGGACUGACCCCGGAAGAGCUGGCUGUGACUGCAGCCGCUGAGGCAGCUGCGCAGGCAGCAGCUACAGAGGAGGCCCAGACCCUCGCCAUCCAAGCCGUACUGCAGGCAGCUCAACAGGCUGUGCUCAGUGGAAAUUCAGGUCAGGAGCAGCGGACCACCACCAUCCCUAUCGUCCUGACACAGCAGGAACUCGCGGCUCUCGUUCAACAGCAGCAACAGCUGCAGGCAGCCCAAGCCGAAGCGGCCGCAGCUGCGCUGCCCACUGAGGGUUUGGCUCCAGCAGACAGCCUCAACGACCCUGCAUCUGAGAGCAAUGGACACGAGAUGGCGACUGCCGUUACGGCAGCUGUGGCGAGUCUCUUACCGCGUGCUGCUGCUGCUGAAACUCUGGCCCCAUCGAGUACUUUCGCACUAUCUCAGCCCAUGGUGGUUGCCAGCCCUGCUAAGAUACAAGCGGCCACUGCUUUAGCUGAAGUGGCCAAUGGAAUCGUGUCAACAUCUGCGAAGCAAGCAGCCCCCCCUGCAGUGGUGAAGCCACCUGUGAAGAAAGAGAAUCAGUGGUUUGAUGUUGGUAUCGUUAAGGUUACGAACACGGUUGUCACUCACUAUUACGUGCCGGCAGAUGAUUCUCCUGUUACUGAUGAUGACUCUGGUGCCAUGCCGGACUACAGCCGAAUGAAGAAGAUAGAACUGUCCCCUGGCACUGCGUACAAGUUCCGUGUAGCUGGUAUCAAUGCGUGUGGCCGUGGAACGUUCUCCGAGGUCUCCGCUUUUAAGACCUGCUUACCUGGCUUCCCUGGAGCACCGUGUGCCAUCAAAAUCAGCAAGAGCCCUGAUGGUGCCCACCUGACCUGGGAGCCUCCUUCAGUGACAUCAGGGAAGAUCAUAGAGUAUUCAGUGUAUCUGGCCAUACAGAGCUCGCAGACAGUCGAGGCGAAAGCGUCUGCUCCGGCACAGCUUGCCUUUAUGCGGGUGUACUGUGGACCCAGCCCAUCCUGCCUGGUGCAGUCGUCUAGUCUCUCCAACGCCCACAUUGACUACACCACCAAACCAGCAAUCAUCUUCCGCAUUGCCGCCCGUAAUGAGAAGGGCUAUGGUCCCGCCACGCAAGUCAGGUGGCUACAAGAAACCAGUAAGGACGGCUCAGCAGCCAAACCAGCAGCAAAGAGACCAGUGUCUUCACCUGAUAUGAAAGGCACCGGUAUAAAGAAAGCCAGAUCUGACCAGUGAGAGCUCACAUGACUUCUGACCCCGCCCGCCUCUGAGCUAAACCGUGACUGAACUACACUUCCUGCUGAAUGACCUUCUUGCUUCCACUGGCUCCCCACUUUCAUCCUCUUCAACAGGAAACGGGAGCUAAAAAUAGAAGACUGUUUCAGACAAAAAAGGAUAAUCCAUUCGUGAAAAAUCAGCUCCCAUCACCGGACAUAUUGGUGCCAUGGACGCCAACUGUAUUUUUUAAACGAAUCAUAAAUGUUCCUUCCUCCAAGUCGAAAGCACAUGCUUUUGCUUUUCAUGACAAUUUUCUGUAAAGAGAUUUCAAUGGCAGUGUCAGUCUAGUUAUCAGAUAUUCGUUCCUUAUCCAUCCUUGAUAUUCAUUUAUUUUUAAGCUUAUUUCAAUACAAGCAAUAGAUGACAAGAAUAACAUUUGCUCUUGGUCGGUUUGUUGAUGUUUUCAUUAUUUGAACAAGUCUGUAUAUUUCAACUGUGUGCUAAGAAAUGAAGGAGGAAGCGCGGAGGAUAAGACUUCACUGGGAAACUUUGAAAUACGAUUACAAUGAAAACGAACAGCACUUGGUGACGCUUGAGAGGGAAAAGACUCUGUAAUUAUUCAUUCACAGCGAGUUCAGUAGCUUGUUUUACAUCACUGUGUUCAUACAGUUGCUGUGAGGGACAGAACUGAGAGGCGUAAUGCUGAAGAGAAAAGGACUUCAACCCAUGUAGAUGAAAUCGUACUACUUUUGCAUUGCGUCAACUAGAUCUUGUAUAAAGAGCAAAAAUCCCAAAAAUAGUAAAUGGUGAUACAGGAGUUCAUCGUGUGUGGUUUAUUUUUGUAUUUUUUUUUUUAAAGAAAUUGUCUUUUUUCCUUAAUUGUGUAUGUGUGCUUCAUAGCAGCGUUUUAAACCUCACACUUCUCCUGUCCUGAAAAUGUUACCAGCUCAUUCCUGAAGUCAUCUUGAUUGUGGAUUUAAAGCCCUGGCCAGUGUCCGAAGGCCAAAGUUUUUCAUAUCCCAUCGUUUAUGAAUGAUUUCAACCUUAAUUUGGGAAUUGUAGUAUAAAAUGUAUGUAUUUGUUCUGAAUGUUUUCCCAUCGCAAGUUAGAUGAGUGAGAAAAUCUUUGCAACCUUUCGUUUCCCCUGUGCAUUUUCAUUCUUGGCAUUUAUAGAAGCCUACGUUAGACAAAGAUGCUUUUUUAUUUUAAUCUUCUCCCUGUCACCCUUUGCCUAGUCUAUAGUUUAAUUUAAUUUCACAAUCUUACCUUUUAAAUCCUCGGUUUUGUGCGUUGGUAGAUAUGAACCGAGAGUCUACUCAAAUUGUGCGGCAGAUGUUUUCAGAACCUUUUCUGCCGGCGGUUUUGGGAUGGGUAAGGAUGCAGGCUUGUGUAAAUGCUUAAGUGAUGGGAUUUUAGGAAAGGUGUGACGGACAUGUCAUUUUUUUGGAUGGAUAUUAGAAACGGGUUAUUUCUGUUUCUCUAGUGGUUGGAAACUGUUAAAGACGGAUUGUUGGCUUAGCCGGAGUGUGAACUCCGUUGUAAAUUAGUUAUUUCACAUAGCAAGAAGUAAAACGAAAAACUCUUUGCCUUUUUUUAUAUAAUUAUCUGUAACAAGAUGUUUUUACAUGUUGUCAUCUAUGAUUGCUUUUGUGUCUUGACAUAUAAAAGUAAUGGAAUUCUG